AUGAGCGCGCCCCCCGCUGGGGCGGGCAACGCCUCCAGGCAUACACCAGGUCCACGCAAACCAAAGGUCAACCCUCUCGUGGCACGAAAGAGGCCCAUUCCAAGACCUGCGCUUUCACAGAAGCCCAAGGUUGACCAAAACGCCAAGGAAGAUGAGGAUAAAUCAAAAUAUGUGCCAACGAAGGACGAGCAGAUCAAGCUAGACAAGCUGAAGGAAGACCGAAAGAGAAACAACGGAUGGAGCCACCCGCCCCCGACAGGCCACUACCAAGAGUUUGACUUGAUCACGACAAAGCGGUCUCUUCUCGAGGACAUGCGCUUUCAUAUCAUGCGUCUGAGUAAAGGCAAAGGCGAGCGCGCCAACGGAGAAACCAUUGUCGACGUGACGAACCAGGACCAGUUCCCUCGGCCCGUCACCCUGCAUCGCCGAGACCCUCGUCUACCACCAGUGAGCAAAGUGGUUGUCCAAGAAGACCCCAACCCCGCCGAAACGGGCGAUGACGCCGAGGCCGAGCGUCUGCGCCAGGAAAAGGCCGAGAGAGAGGCCCAGCGCGCCCUCGACAAGGCCCAGAUAGCUCCCAUCAUCAAGAGCAACGAGCCAAAGAAGCUGCAACAGCAAAAAAAGGAGAAGGCGGCUGCAUUCUAUGGUAGGCACAGUGAAGAGCACAAGAAGCAGUCCAGUCUGCGCUACGAGGAAACGCUCCCUUGGCACCUGGAAGAUGCCGAAGGCAAGGCGGGCGUGUGGGUGGGGUCGUACAUUGCAAGUCUGUCAGACACAAACUGCGCCUUGGUCAUUGACGGAGACCGCUUCCGCAUGAUUCCUCUUGAACGCUUCUACAGAUUCGACGAGAAGCCCCCGUUUGCCACCAUGUCUCUGGAUGCUGCAGAGAACAUGAUGCUGCAAGGCAAGGAUGUGAAGCGCUGGGUCAUGAUCGACCAAGAGAGACAGGCGGCCGAGAAGGAGAAGGACGAGACACGUCAGUUCUUACGCGGGCGCACUCGUGUCAAGAUGGAGAGUGCAACGUCGAGAAGGGCGCCCAAGGGAGAGCGACAAGACGACUAUGACAUUGACAUCUCUGGCGACGAGUUCCAGGACGACGACGAAGCUCCGGGCUUCGAGGCAGACGACGAGGACUCCAAGGAAGUUAAGCAACGCAUUCGCCGCGAGCAGGUUGGCGCCAACCUGUUUGGUGAAGGAGAAGAGUCCAAGGUGGACGAAGAGGAGAGAGAAAAGGAGCUUGAAAAGCUUAAGCGAAAGAUGAUGGGCAAGCAGACCAUGAAGGGGUUGGUGAAUCUGGAGCAUGCCAUGGACUACGAUAACUCAGACUCGGAGAAUGAGGCUAACAAUCCUUUUACUGAAUCAUCGGAAUCGGAAUCGGACGAAGAGGAGAAGAAAGAAGAGGAAGUCAGGAGGGAGGAGGAGGCCAAGAAAACAGCCGAUGUGAAAGAUGUGAAGGAUGCGAAAGAUGCGAAAGAUGCGAAAGACGCGAAAGAUGCGAAAGAUGCGGGUGCUUCGGGUGCGAUCUCCAAGGGCAACACAACGCCUUCGGGGAAGCAGAAGCUGGCAGAUAAGAAGGGCAAGCUGAAGCGGCCUGGUUCGCCCAACCUAUCCGAUUCCAGCGGGACCGAGUCAACGCGUAAAAAGGUAAAGACGGGCAAAGGCACUUCAUCCAAGGCACCGAGCCGCUCAGCUACGCCGCUUCCCGGACGGCCAAGGGUUGGUGGUGCCACUAGCGACGGAGAAGCUACGGCUGGCGAGGGCUCUGAUGGCGGCUUGAAGCUAAAGAAAAAGAUCAAGAUCAUGACGGGAACCGGCGCGGGUGGUAGCCCAUCUCCCUCCCGAGCGGGCAGUCCAGCCCCGCUCAACGACCAUCUCUGUAAGUUUCCGACCCUCUCCAUUCCCCCACUCCCGAAUCCGCCCAUGUCAUUCGCCGACGCGACUACUCCGCAUGGGUCCCCGGGCCCCGGCCAGCCUGGCGACCGCGUCGAGGCGUGGGAAAUCGUCCAGGCUGUUGCUGCCCACCAGCCCAUCAGCCUUGGAAACUUGCUUAGGAAGUUCCUUCACCGGAUCGACAAGCCUGGAACCACCACCAAGACGGAGUGGAUCCAUCUUGUUCGGCAGAACGCCGAGUUUGGUCAGGACAAAAACCUGCGCUCUCUAAACAAGUCCUGA